GUGAAGGAGGUGCCAUUUUGUAUUCCUAGGCGUCGCCUUUAACGCGACGGAAGCUGAUUUCGUCUUUUCGUAAUAUCGUCGUUUUCGACGACAAGGGAGAGCUUACGCUCUCUAAAUUUUUCGUGUCUUAAGUGUUUAAAGCCUUUCUAUCUAUUUGAAGUGUUAAUUUAUACCGUUUGUGGUUUUUAUUGUUUGUAUUGGUAAUCAUGGCCUGCUGAAAAAUGUCGGGUCUGAAAUUGAACGUCACAUCUCCAUGCGGAGAGAUUUUCUCCACUAGAGUUUUCGUAGAUGUUAGAGGAGUUAACAAUGGACAAGAAACCUUCCAAUCGUUCAGUCCAAGUCCCAAGCAAGGGUACUGGAACUGAAAACAAAAAAGAUGUCUCCAAACAGUUCAGCAAGACAUCGCGGCGCAGGGAACCAGCCAACAGCAAUGGGUACCGAUCAGACCAGAAUCGAAAACCAGCUCCCCAAAAAGGAAAGACAAUGGAUAAGAGACCUCGACCUCGCGGUCAGCUUUAUGGAGGUGGAAAGGAGAGUGCCCAGGUAGAAGAGUGUGAGGCAGAAUUGGGUUCUUUGUACUCGACUGGCAGCAAGAAACAGAAUCUGAAUCACUUGUUGAACUUUCACUACGCUCCGAGAGGGGAGACGGCUCGGCCCAGUCCCCGGCCGAGCCACCAGUAUGGAGUCCGUUGGCUCAUGUCCACACAAAAACACAAGUACAACAAGGAACAUUUCUUGCAAGCCAACUGCCAAUUCGUUGUGAGAGCAAAUGCUGAUUACACUCCAUAUUUGGCAGACCCAGACCAUUUGGUCGAUUGGGAUUUUAUUGAACAAAUUAGAGUACCAAGUGUAGAGCCAGUCCACUGCCCGAUCUGCUUGAGCACUCCGGUAGCUGCCAAGAUGACCAGGUGCGGCCACAUCUACUGCUACCCCUGCAUCCUACACUAUCUGGCCCUGUCCGACAAGACCUGGCACAAGUGUCCCAUCUGCUUCGAGGCCAUACACAAGCAGCAUCUCAAGAGAAAGAUGGAUGGCAAGAGAGGUUACAGUGUGGGGCAGUUGAUCACGUUCCAGCUGAUGGUGCGCGAGAGAGGUUCAUUGAUGGUGUGUCCAGUCUCACAGCUGGAGGUGCGCACUCAACACAAACCAGUGCUGGCUGUCAGUGAGACUCAACUGGACACAGCAUUCGCCAAGCUGCUGAUUGCUGAUAGAGCUGAGGUACUUGCAAUGAUAGAGCAGGAAGUGAAGGAGCUGAAAGUGGAGAAAAGUGUAAACGAAGGCUGCCCAGAGCUGUGUUUUGUUGAACAAGCCUUGGAGUUGUGCGAAGAACGAAGGUUGAAUAUCGAUCAGAAGAUUAAAGAAAUUGUGGAGGAAAAGCCUAUGGAAGAGGUGACGGAAAAUGAAGAAGCUACCAAUGCAAAUGUAUUGUCUUCCUCACCUGAUGAAAGCGCUAUUGUGUAUGAGUCGGCUUUCGACACAACAUUCCUGUGGACAACAUCAACUCAGAGGACAAGGGUGAAACUGUCUCGACCAACAACAAACAGGUCAGAAACUCGCUAUGAGAGCUUGAGCAGUGAAGGAGAAGACCCAUCUCUAACAGCCAUCACACCUGAAGACCUGGAAGUUUUUCACGCCCAUCAGCCACCUACACAAUCCAAGAACUUCAACUUCUACCAAGCAUGUGACGGACAGCAGAUCUACUUGCAUGCAGUGAACGUGCAGAUGCUGGAGAUGACGUACGGCAGUCUGGAGGAGAGUCCAGCGACCUUGACAGGCGUCAUCGUGGAGAAGGAAGGCAGGCAGCAUGACAGUACGUUGAGGCGCAGGUUGAGAUACCUACAGCAUUUGCCUGUCACCGCUCAGUUCGAGGUGGCCGAAAUAGAGCUGCGGCCCCCUGUCAUAACCGAGGAGACCUUCAGUGCUUUUGCAG